UCAUAAUCAACUUGAGGUCUGUUCUGCAUAGGCCUCCAUCGCACUUGAUUGUCACAAAUUCCUGUUCCUCCCUUGACGUCGACUUUGUUGCUUUCUUUCUUUCUUUGUCAUCGCCGCUUUCAGGCUCUUUGUCUUACAUUUGCCAUCCUUCUACUAGUCGACCCUUUUCGACUCCCCCUGCGACAGCGUGAGCCACCGGAGCCCAGCAACUGGCCACAUCUACAACUACUCCACGGCCCUCCCCCACGCCUGUUGGCCAGGCCUCGAUUCCCACCCAUUGAUGACCCUACUCAUGUCUGAGUCUCCCUGAAGUCUCAAGUCUUCUGGACUUGGUCUCCGCCAUCCCUCAUGUCCCUCUCCCGGUCUCCAUCCCCGCUGCCCAAUGGAGGUUGGACGUCCAAGAGCCAUGCCGCCCGCUCCUCCACCCCCAAUGGUCUCUAUGCCGGUGUCAAUGGCUACACCAAUGGCGACAAUCAGUGGGCCGCCGCAAAGGCUAGAAGUGCUCAAGUAAGAGGAUAUCCAAGCAUUCAGACAAAGAACGAGGGGUUUUUCCAGCGUUCCAAGCGGAGGAUUUCAACACUUCCCGUCUUCAACAGUCCUUAUACUCCGCUGUCGGCAAACUGGAAGGAUCCUGAAAAGUUAGGCCGUAGCCGGUGGACACCCAGAGGUGGUAGCAGUGUGUCCAAGCUGAAGACUUUUGUGGGAAAUGUUCUGAGGAAGUUCAAGUUCUUCUUCAUUAUUUUGUCCAUUGUCACGCUAACGACACUCCUCAUGUCCCAAAUCAAUCUACGAGGUCGUUAUCGGAGCAACUCCCGACUUGGUGGUGGCAGUAAAUUCGUCAUCGUUCUCGGGGCCAAUGAAGGUGGCGGUGUCAUGGAAUGGAAAGGUCCCCGAGAAUGGGCCAUUGAGAGGGACAGCGUCAAGAACAAGAAACGUUAUGCAGACCGUUGGGGCUAUCAUCUCGAGAUCACCGAUAUGAGCACCAAAAAGAGAUAUGCUCACGAAUGGAGGGAGAGCUGGGAGAAGGUUGACCUGGUCCGCAACGCCAUGGCGAAAUACCCAAAUGCAGAAUGGUUCUGGUGGCUCGACCUCAACACCUUCAUCAUGGAGCCUUCUUACUCCCUCCAAUCCCACAUCUUCAACAACCUCGCUACCACCGUCUACCGGGACAUCAACCAGUACAACCCCCUCAAUAUUACCCAUCCUCCCGAGACCAAUUUUCUUGAUCCCAUCUCUCGAUCUCCGACUGGCGACAACUUGACCUCCUCGAUCGAUGUCGUCAUCCCACAAGACUGUGCCGGUUUUAACCUCGGCUCUUUCUUCUUAAAACGGUCUCCGUUCACAGACCGGCUUCUGGACAUGUGGUGGGAUCCAGUCUUGUAUGAGCAAAAACACAUGGAAUGGGAGCACAAGGAACAGGACGCCCUUGAGCAUCUAUACGCCUCGCAACCUUACAUGAGGACCCACUUCGGUUUCAUUCCACAACGCAAAAUCAAUUCCUUUCCCCCAGGUGCCUGUGGUGGGGAAAAGCCAAAGGACAACUCCCCAAUCACUAAUGCUCUUCUGGAUCCAAGGUUUCAUUACAACGAAGAAGAACGAGAUUUCGUUGUCAACAUGGCCGGUUGCGAGUGGGGUCGUGACUGCUGGGCCGAGAUGUACUCGUACCGGGAACUGAGCAACAAAUUGAACAUGUCAUCCUGGGACAGAAUCAAAGAUUCGCUGCAACGCAUGUGGGCCGGCGUCAGAGGCUCUGUCAUUCGACCUAGUGACACAGUCCCGCCAAAAUUGACCUAGCAGUCACUCAUGUAUUGAUCCUUCUCUGUCACCACUAUACGACCGUACGAAAUUCGACCCCGGAGCGAAAGAAGCGCUACGAUGACCUUUCAAACACCGACACUACUACAUUAAUUGCUCCAUCCCGUCUCGUACCCGAUUGACAUAUUAUGGUGUUUCCUUUAGCAUUGUUUUAACUUUGUACAACAGAUGAAUUUGCAUGGUGCGGUUCCAAUGGGAGGAAUAUUCGGCACUUGUUCAGGCGCAGGCGCAAAGAGGCUUACGAUUAUCAACGUCACGCGCGGGGCAUUUGGCCUCGCUCUCCGCUUGAGCGAGGGUGGGCAAUGAUUUAUCACAAAAGUAAAAGAGACAAGGGGGUUAGGAUUUUCAGUCCGUCAUGGGCGGCUUGCGUUGGACCUGAAGAACCAGAACUACAGCACGGAAGCGAUAAGGAGAGGGUAGAUGGUAGAAGCUAGACUGUCACGUAUGAGAUCGAGACAGACUUGGAAGCGACGCCACAAUAGAUUGAUCGAUGGGCGAGCUAUCAUGGCAUCGCUCAAGAACUCUCGUGAUUAUUGAUUGGCAUAAGACAGGACAGGUGCAGAAAUCGAUGCAGACUACUGCUCCAUUGCUGAGCUCCUUUUCUGGCAUCUGGAGUAUCAUAUUUAUGAACUACAAUGCUGCUUGAGCUCAUUUGUAGAGCCCACCUAUGUUAACC